CCUAUGCUAUGCUCUAUUUUCCCUAUAAGAAUAUAAAAAUCUAUAGUUUAAUCAUACUUUUUAAUUAAUUUUACAUCUUAGUACAUAUUUAAAGUAAAUUUAGUGUUUUACAAUGGAUAUAAGACUUAGUAAAUCGUCCAAUGAAGGCGGCUUGAGGUGCCGCGCCUGUUUAUCAGUCAAUGGUAAAAUGUACAAUAUUCAUGAGCACAAACUGGCUGAUGCUUUUGCUAGCAUCAUCGGUGACUGUGUGCUCAAAGACAAGCUGCCACAACACCUGUGUGUGUACUGCGGCACGCGGCUGCUCCAGAGCGCAUCCUUCCGAGAUAUGUGUCUGCAGACGCAGGAGUACCUCGUGACAGAGCUGCUCGGCAAUUAUUCCGAGACAGGCGGCGUUGUCAGCCCAUGCCUUUCUAAGAGACCCUUCAACUUGACGACAUCUGAUGUUACACACACGGAGUUUACGGACACUCACCCAACUGAGAUAUUAACUGGAAGAUUCAUAAAAGAUGAACCAGACAUUAACAUAGUCGACAUAUCCAGUAUACAGCAAGCCGAUUUAAAAACGGAAUUCGAAGAAGAUAAAACAAAAACCAAACGGAAAAGAAAAACUGGAACCACAGCUAAGAAAAAAAAAAGUUCUAGAUGAUGAGGAAAUUACUGAAGAAUAUAAAAUAGAGACUAUAAAAGUAGAAGUCGAUACUGAAGAUGAUUAUGAAUAUGAAGACAGUGUAUAUGCUAAAAAAGAAUGGGACACAGAUGUUGGAGACAAUUUUGAAGAUGAUCUUAGCGAUGAUGACUCAGUGAUAUUGCCGGUAAAAGUGAUAUUGCCGGUAAAGAAGAGAAGAGUUAAGAAAAAAAUAGAAUUAAAAGAAGAAUCUAAAGAUAAGCCGGUAAUAAGAAGAAAGAGGAAGAAAAAGGAAGAAGUAACAAGGAAGUUUAGGAAGGCUGAAAAUGAUUUCAUGCC